UUUUCUUCUUUUGCUAUGAGACUGGAGAUGAGAAGACUUAGAUGAAGUUUCAAUUUUUUUUUAAAUAUAUAUUCUAAAUAAAUCCAAAUAUACAACAUGCAGGUUAUUUUUCUCAAGAUAAUUUAUCAUGUUAUUGUUAAACAGUAAAAGAUCUGUAUAGAAUUUGCAUCUAAUCUUUCUCCUUUUCUAUAUAUACUAAGCUUGUAUGGCUCUUUCCCCCAUAUCCUUCUUUCUGUGCCGUUAAUAUCCUUUCCUCAUACACUAAGCUUCCCAAUAUGGAAAGAAGCGGCGGAGAGGGAAAAAGGAGCUUCAAGUACAAAGUCGAGGAGGAGGAGGAGGAGGUUGAAGAAGAAGAAGAAGAAGAAGAAGAAGAGGUUGAUGAGUUUGAUGAUGGGAGGAAGAAGAUGAGAGAUCCGUACAGCAAGAGAGGGUCGUCAUCAUCAAUGGCACCUUCCUGUCAGGUGGAAAGUUGUGACAGUGAUCUGAGCGAGGCUAAGAACUACCAUCGCCGCCACAAGGUCUGUGAAUUCCAUGCCAAGGCUCCUUCUGUGCUCAUUGCAGGCGUGCACCAAAGGUUUUGCCAGCAAUGCAGCAGGUUUCAUGAGCUGGGAGAAUUUGAUGACACGAAGAGGAGUUGUAGAAAGCGUUUGGCUGGACACAAUGAAAGGCGUCGAAAAAAUUCUUCUUAACUACAUAUAUAUCAUGAAGAAGAAGGAUCUCAUCAGAUCAAUGAGAAAUUCGAUCAUGUUGAGCUCUGAGGCAAGCAUGUUAGUUUAAAUAAAUUCCCCUACUGAAACCUUCUUCAUGGAUAAAUUUUACUAUGUUGUUGUUAUCCAAAGAUGCUCUCUGUCUUCUGUCAAUCUUCUGCCACCAUUUACUACUAGCACAAUAAUACUUCCAUCUGGAAUCAGCAAAACU